AUGUAUGUGGAUGGCGAUCUUGGGGAAAACAUUUCAAACAUGUCACAGAUCAGAACGAUGAGCGCUCUCAUAGCAGGUGUUGGGGCAGGAGUGAUGGGCCUGACAGGUAUCACCGGGGCGGUGUUCUUCUUCUUGUGUGCGCUACUAACCUCCUUCGUAAUGCUGAAAGUUGGCUGUGAAGGCACCCCUGAGCGGUACUUCCCGUCCGGAAAGAAACAGUUUUUCUCGCUUGGUAACCUUGUCACUGGUGCCAUGACAUACAUCUUGGCAUGGACCGUCGCGUAUGACACGAUUUAUAUUUUCUAG